AAUAAAUUGAUUGGGUCAGAAGCCCAUCAACAAUCAAAUCCCUACUUUAUGCUAAAAUUCAGAGAGGAACGUAAACUAUAACCAACGGUUCCCCAGAAUCGGUAGUUGACACUUUGUCACAAGCUCAGCUAACAAUUUAGACGGGGAGAAAGCAUUAAUUCUAAGAUUUCCUCGCAUAAAUUGAGCUGCUAGGUAGACCAAACUACAGGACCAAUCUAUUAUCGACUCUUUAUCUUCCUUUGGCAAAUUGUACAGCAACCAUAUAAUAUUAUAUCUAUCUAUAUAUCCCUUUCUUCCUACAGUAGUAGUAUUCAUUGAAUACUCGGAAAGAAAAGAGAAUAGUCUCAGUGGCUUUUCAUAGUUGCUUUUCAUUUGUUGACAACUAGCUAGUUUUGGUUGUUGUUUCAAAGGAAAAAAAAAAACAUAAUGGGUUCUCAGAAUCAAACAGUUUGCGUGACAGGCGCUUCUGGGUUCAUCGGAUCUUGGCUAAUCAUGAGACUCCUUGAGCGUGGAUAUACGGUUCGAGCCACUGUCCGUGAUCCUGAUAAUCGUAAAAAGGUUCAGCAUUUGCUGGAGUUGCCUAAAGCUAAGACGCAUCUUAGCUUUUGGAAAGCUGACCUCUCCUUAGAAGGAAGUUUUGAUGAGGCCAUUCAAGGCUGCACUGGCGUCUUCCAUGUCGCUACGCCCAUGGAUUUCGACUCCAAGGACCCUGAGAAUGAAGUAAUUAAACCAACAAUCAAUGGGGUCUUAGACAUAAUGAGGGCUUGUGCAAAGGCAAAAACUGUGAAAAGGAUAGUAUUCACAUCAUCUGCAGGAACUGUGGACGUUGAAGAACACAGAAAAGAAGUCUACGAUGAAAAUUGCUGGAGUGACUUGAAAUUCAUUCAGACAAAAAAAAUGACUGGAUGGAUGUAUUUCGUGUCCAAGUCUCUUGCUGAAAAAGCUGCAUGGGAUUAUGCUAAGGAGAAUGGCCUUGAUUUUAUCAGUAUUAUCCCAACUCUGGUUGUUGGCCCAUUUAUAAUGCCAUCAAUGCCUCCUAGCCUUAUCACUGCACUUUCGCUAAUUACUGGAAAUGAAGCCCAUUACUCGAUUUUGAAGCAAGGUCAUUACGUACAUUUGGAUGAUCUGUGCAACUCUCAUAUCUUUCUGUUUGAGAAUCCAAAAGCUGAAGGAAGGUACAUUUGUUCCUCAGAUGAUGCCACCAUUUAUGAGAUAGCAGGAUUGCUUAAACAAAAAUACCCAGAGUAUAAUAUUCCCACCAAGUUUAAAGACAUCGAAGAAGAGAUAAAGAAUCCCACUUUUUCUUCUAAGAAGCUUUUGGACUUGGGCUUUCAGUUCAAAUACAACUUGGAAGAUAUGUUCACUGGGGCUGUCGAAACAUGCCGAUCAAAGGGAUUGCUUCCUGUUUCUGAUGGGAAAGAAGCAAUGAAGAAGAGCGAAGAAUUAAAGGAAGCCAUUAAUAGUCCUAUUAAUGGAGUUCCAGUACAGACUAAAUCGUAAGCUGGAAACAGAGAAGGAGGGAGAGGGAUAGAGAGUCUAAAGAGGUCCUUAUAUUUAGAGUUGCUCGUUGAAUAAUUGUGCUUUCUCUGUCUACCACUUGGCAUUGUUAAAGAGAAUGCAAAGACAUGCAAGUAAAACUUCGAUAGGCUUUACCAUGGCUUUCACGCUAGAA